ACAAUUACGGCAGUAGUGCCUAAUACAUUGAUAGAAUUGUUUUAUCUACGUAUAAUACUCUAGAUUCCAGAAGUAGAUAUAAUAAGAAGGACUAUAAAACAUAUCUGAAAGUUGAAAUUGGCGUUCAUUGUGACCAUAAGGACGACAUGCAAGGUUUUAUUGCCGUAUUGCUGCUCGUAGCGGCCGUUGCCGCUGAGAACCAAUGUCCUGCUGAACAGCAGCAGAACUGGAACAUUGAAAUGUUGUUGCGGCACGAGGACUGUGACAAAUUCUACAAGUGCACCUUCGGCGAGCCCAUCGAACAGUCUUGCCCGUCUGGCCUCCAAUUUAACCUGAAAAACUGGCAGUGCGACUGGCCCUACAACGUUGACUGUUCAGGCAGGAACGACCCUUUAAACCCUGUUCCGACCCCUGAACCGACCACUACUGCGGCACCAAGCAUUAAACCGAACACUACUGCACAGCCUGUAACUACUACUGAGGCAACGACCACUGCUGCGUCUGAAACUAACACUACAACUACUGCUGCACCAAUUACAGCUGAACCUACUACUGCUGCUCCUGAAUCUGAGGAAAAUGGCAGCGAAGAUUCGGAAUUCCUUGAGAACGGUUGUCCAGUAGAUCCACACGUCCACUGGCUGCUGCCAAAUGAGGAAGACUGCAAUAAGUUCUACUACUGCGUUUGGGGCGAGCUGGUCCCACGCGAGUGCCCCAGUACUCUGCACUUCAAUAGGGUGAUCCAGGUAUGUGACUGGCCCGCCGACGCUGGCUGCGUUGUCUCCGCCAACAAACACUCCGGAGCCCGAGCACAGUUCUUCCCCAAAUAACACUAGAAUAAUAUCCUAAACUAGGCGUUACCCGCGACUCCGUUUGCGUAAACCUGGGCUAGUAAAGAUACAAUAUGCUGUUCUAGUCUAUAAAUGCAAACGUGACGUGCGAUCAAAUCCCGAAUAUUAUGUGAUAAAUUACUAAAGACUAGAUUACCAUGUAAAAACUCGUGGUAUAAAGACAAUACCUCUUAAAAACUGUAAAUAAAUUAUAAUUCCUAUAAGUA